AUGUACCACUCACUUCUGCUGGCUUCCACUCUCAUUACUCUUGCUCAUGGCCAGUCCGCCUCACAGGCACAAGGCCCUCCUCCGCCUCCUGAGGUACUCAGCACCACCAAAUCAGGGGUUCUUCCCGUUCUGCCCACCGGCACGCCUUUCGCUGGUGUCGACACGCUCGAGGGUGCCAUUAUCAAUCCCGGCCCUGUAAAUCCGGGCUUCACUGGGCUAGCUGGCACCGCAACUGCCCAAUCGAACCUGCCCGCUGCGACCUAUCGCGCCGACCUACCGGACACUAUGUUCGACCCAUAUGUAGAAACCGUGAUUCGCGGGUCUAUCGUAGCCGUCGGUACACACUCUGGCGUUCAGUUCACCGUCAACCUGACUGGUCUUCCCAACCAAGCGCAAUAUGGACCGUUCCCAUACCACAUACACACCCUAUCCGUCCCUAGCGACGGCAAUUGCACGGCUACACUUGGCCACCUCGAUCCCACAAAUCGCGGCGAGUACUACAUGUGCGAUGCGUCUGCUCCGGAGACUUGUCAGGUAGGCGACCUGGCGGGUAAACAUGGGGGAAAGAUCAUGGCCCAGGACAGUUUCAUGACAAGCUUCGUUGAUCCAUACCUCAGUACGGACCCUAGCAGUGCGGCAUUUUUCGGUGGUUUGGGAUUCGUGAUCCAUACAAGCAAUACUACGAGGUUGACGUGUGCGAACUUUGAGAUGGUGAGCGGAGCAAACGGGACUUCGGGCAAUGCGACCAGCACUGGAAACGUGACACUGCCUUCGGCGACGGGUACGCCAGAAUUUCCUGGAAGUGCAGACAAAAAUGCAGCAACCGUUGGUAUGGCUGUGGCGGCUGUUGUGUUUGGGCUCUUAUUGUAA